AUGGCGCCAUCUCUCGAAGAACCGAUCGAGUCCGUGGACGAUGCACUGAAUGCCAAUUUGAAGAAAGCACCUGCUCUCGUAGCCCCGGAGCCAGAGCAUUGUCCAGGGCCCGAAUCAGAAACCGCAGGCAAAGGAGACGCAUGUGCCGGAUGCCCCAAUCAAGCAAUCUGUGCGUCUGCACCCAAAGGUCCCGACCCGGACAUUCCAGUCAUCACAGAGCGUCUGGCUGGUGUCAAGCACAAGAUUCUGGUCCUGAGUGGCAAAGGCGGAGUGGGUAAAAGCACAUUCACAACCAUGCUCGCCCACGCUUUUGCCAGCAAUCCCGAUAACAUGGUUGGUAUCAUGGACACUGAUAUUUGCGGCCCGAGCAUUCCGAAGAUGAUGGGUGUGGAAGCCGAAACAAUUCACGUCACAAGCACAGGAUGGGAGCCCGUUUGGGUCAGCGACAAUCUUGGUGUCAUGAGUGUUCAGUUCAUGCUGCCCAACCGCGACGAUGCUGUGAUAUGGCGAGGACCGAAGAAGAAUGGUCUCAUCAAACAGUUUCUCAAAGACGUGGAGUGGGGAGAAAUGGACUAUCUGGUUGUCGAUACUCCACCAGGAACCUCGGACGAGCAUCUCAGUGUCAACAGCUACCUCAAGGAAUCAGGCGUUGACGGUGCCGUCAUCGUAACUACACCACAAGAAGUCAGCCUGCUAGAUGUACGAAAGGAGAUCGACUUUUGUCGCARAGCUGGCAUUCGUGUUCUUGGACUGGUGGAGAACAUGAGUGGAUUUGUGUGUCCCAAAUGUACACACCAAUCUGAAAUCUUCCGAGCUACCACUGGCGGCGGCAGAAGACUGGCGAAGGAUACCGAGAUUCCAUUUCUUGGUGCUGUUCCGCUAGAUCCCAGGAUCGGCAUGAGCUGCGACUAUGGCGAGAGUUUCUUUGACAACUACGGCGACUCGCCUGCUUGCAAAGCACUGAGAGAUGUAGUGCGAAAUGUUGGCGMGCAAAUUGGGGUUGAUCCAAACGACAUUCUGGCAGAUGAGUAA